AGAGCAAAGAACUGAACGAGGCGGAGAGUUGGUUGUUUUGCGACCUACUUCCACCAAAGAGAGUGUAAACUGUGAUUCACUGUGACUGACCAGCGACUUGAGAUUUAACCUUGCCUGCCUUACUUAUUGUGAAAAUGGUGGACUACCAGAAUUAUGUGGUUUUAACUUUGCUUUUUAUUUUUAAUGUAACCGUGGUCUUUACCCAGUCAACCACUGACCCCGCAGCAACUUGCGCCUCGAAGACCAACACAAGCUGUGGCGAGUGCCUGAAGAAUGUGACGUGUUUAUGGUGUGAGAGCAGUGGAGCGUGUGUGGAGUACCCUGUGAGGAAUAUCCUGCCUCCCACCAGCCUGUGUCCCCUUCCUCAGGCUAGAUGGGGAGUCUGCUGGGUGAACUUCCAGGCCCUGAUCAUCACCAUAUCUGUGGUGGGAGGGGUCCUCCUCAUCGGUCUGUGUGUCUGUUUCUAUCGCUGCUGCUGCACAUGUGGGAACUCCAAGAAAGAUCAGAAGCUGGAUGAGAGGAUGGAACGGGAGGCUGACAUGAGGAAAAUGAAACAUGAGGAGAGGAAAGCAGAAAUGCGCAGCCGGCAUGACGAGAUCAGGAAGAAGUAUGGUCUGAUGAAAGACAAUGGCUACUCCAAAUUUGAGAACAACUGAGAAACCGCCGUGAUCAGCCGUCCCUGAUUCUAGAACAUACUCAGUUGUCUCCUGUGUUGUGCUGAGGGGUUCCGCUUUUAGAACUUCUGUUUUUUUUUUGUUUUUUUUUCUCUCUCGUCCUUUUACUUCUCCAAAGAACUUCCAUCCUGAGCCACCGUUUUACUGAGGUGGUCUGGGGUGACCUUUCUGAAGCAGUUUUCUGCUGUUUCCUUCCCCCUACUCCGUCUCCUUCUCCUUUCCUUCCCCCUACUCUGUCUCUUCAGCUACUCCGCCUCCUCAGCUACUCCGCCUCCAGCUGCCUUCCUUUUCUCCAUUUCUUUGUUGUCCUGUCUUGUUUUAUUGCAAGUGGGAGAAGCUGGGACAGCAGCUGAUUGAGGUAGUUUGUGUUCAGUCUGUGGUUGAUUACACUGUAUGUGAUUGUAGAGAGUCUUGUCUUUCAGUGCUAAAUGUGCCAAAUUAGUGAGGUAGCUCUGUGUAGCACCUGCCUCUGUGUAGCUGAUGAAUAUGUUUGCUUUGUACUCGUUUGUUUUGUUCUCCAGGCCAAGUAGUGUAAAGCCAGUAAGCUUUUAAUUUGAAAUGAGCUUGACCAAAUGAGAGUUUCAGUGCCAAGGAGUCACACUGUUUAGCAGAUUUCUGCUUACUGGCAAUCAUUUUCCUGAUGACUAUUUCCAAAGAAAUGUGAAAUUACCGUACACUUAAGCAUUGAGAGACGCUGUUUGUUGUGAAAUAAGGUACACUGCAGCUCAACAGAAGCUUGAUGGUGUUUUAUGCCCCCAAUGUCGUCUUCCAGGCAGCGCUGCCACCGUCGACUUAAAGGCACCUUAUCCUAAACCUAACCCUAACCUUAACACAUGCCUAACCAUAGCGCCUUCCAGGCAGCACUGCCUUGAAGACUACGUUGGGGGCAUAAAACACUGAUAAACCCCAAGAGAAAGUCAAGUUACUCCCAUAACGAUUUCACCAUCCUGGAAGACUACCUCAAAGGAAUACGAAAAAUGCCUGGCUAGUUUGAUCAGCACUCCACUCAAAACUCCAAAGACCAGUCGUCACAUUUGCGACACAGGAUGUCCAUCUUUAGAGCUGUCGCACUCUGGAGCAUGGGCAGUUUAGAGCAUAGAUAUUAGAAAGCUAGAUACCGCAUUGUCCGUUGAGUUCUAUUUGGUAGCAUCGUAUACGUGGCCGCCAUAUUGCUGGGAGUCACAUGUUCCUCCAUUGGCCUCCAAUGAUUGUUGCCCCCACCAAGAUGGCGUCGCUAUUUACAUACAUUCUGGUAUGCGGUACAAUGCGGUAUCUAGCUUUCUAAUAUCUAUGGUUUAGAGAGUUUAGAGGUCUUCCUGAAAGUGGUGUCACAUGACCCUUUUUGUGACAUCAUUGGUCUCCCUGAAACAGCCUUUUGUACCUUUUGUUUACUCAAUAACAUUUCAGGCUCUAGGCACUCUUGUGUAUUCUGACUGGUGGUAGAGAAUUCAACACAUCUUCCAGAUGGUCUUUGUCUUAGCUGAUGUGGUCCUACAAUUGUGUCAUAAUAUCAUAUCCAAAGAGGUUCUACGUGAUAUUGUGUCAUCAUUUCACAUAAUCCAAAAAGGUUCUACAGGUAUUGUCAUCAUUUCACAUAUAUCCAAAGAGGUUUUACAUGGUAUUUGUUUAUGUUGUUGUAUGACUGUAGUCUAUGAGUCUUAUGCUGGUGCCUAAAAAUCAUAUUGUUUACUGUCUGUAGCCUUGUGAAAAACAAUCUGAUUUGCUCCUGUAGACUACCUUUUGAAUCAUUAGCUUUUAUUAAAGCUCAUAUAGACAUUCAA